AUGGAUAAAAAUAAUAAUACAGAAAAUACAACAACAUGCGCACCUACUGAAAAAAAAGACUCACAUCAAAAUGAUUUAAACAAUAAAGAGGUGUAUAAUUAUUAUUAUUAUAAUAACAUAAAUGAUGGAAUGGGUAAUAAUAGAAUAGGAUAUAAUAAUAUACCUUGUGAAAAUAAUUAUGAUGGUAAUAGAAAUAUUCAAAAUUAUUAUAACUAUAAUUAUUCUUAUAUAAAUAAUAAAGAUCAUGUAGCAUAUGGUACACCCGGACAAUAUAUGAUGAAUUAUAAUUUUAUGGAUACAGGAUAUUAUCAUAUGAAUAAUAAUAAUAUGUUUCAUAAUACUUUAAAUUCUUUUGUUAAUAAAACAGGAGAUGUUAUUUCUCCAUAUCAUGCUCAUAAUAUUCAUCCAAAUUCUCAGCUAACAAUGAAAUAUAAAUUAACUGGUAAUAUAAUAACAAAUAAUUCUUUUCAUUCAUCAAAUACAAAUUAUACAAAUGAAGAAAAAAAAAAUUGUCUAGAAAUGACUAAUACAACAACAUAUAAUGUUAAUACAUUGUUAAGAAAUAAUAUUUUGUCUUCAGAAUAUUUUAAAUCAUUAAUACCAAUAAAAACAUUUAAAGAAGUAGUUGAUGAAAUUCAUUCUUAUGCUGAUCAUGUAGAACCAUAUUGUAUUGGAAGUAAUAGAGCACCAUCAACUCUUUUUUGUUGUCUUUAUAAGUUUUUUACAAUGCACUUAUCUGAAAAGCAG